AGAACUGGUGUUAUUCUAUAACAGGAGCAUAUAAAUGAUUUCACGUGCCUGUGAUGUAGACUUUUUUUUGCCAGAGCUUGUGUGUUUUCCAGCUCAGUCUGCCAUCUACUGGUGACUCUAUGCAGUGCAUCACGAUGGUAUUUAAGGACAAGUACGUAAAAAAGCAUUGGAAAAGAUCACAGCAAUGGCUUUACUCUCACCAAAUGUAUGUAAAGACAAUGGUCUGUAUUAACUUGUGUAUUAUGUUAAAGAUGUGGAUAUUUGGGACAUGCAGUAUACUAAUAAAUGUUAUUUAAAAGUAAAAGGGAAAGCUAUAACAUGAGUAAUUACAGAAAGGGCCCACAGUGCAGUUCAAAACAGAUUAGGGGUUUCGAACACUAGAAGGAAACAACAGUAGAGUUUAAAUGUGGCAUUUCAUCAGCAACAGUUUGUAGAUCAUUGAAGAAACUGGUUCUAUGUAUUAAAAUAAAAUAAAUUUUAAAAACAGGCUUCAGCUAAAAACACGAAACUCGCGGGGCCUGAUGUUUGCUUGCCUGGUAUCAAACUCUCACGCAGUCUUUCUCAGAUCUAAGAGACGCUUCCCAUGUCUAAGAUCUGUAGCCGCGGAGGAAGGGUCUGUGACUCUCACGCAGUCUUUCUCAGAUCUAAGAGACACUUCCCAUGUCUAAGAUCUGUAGCCGUGGAGGAAGGGGCUGUGUACUCAUUUUUUCCUUGUUUGAUCUUUUUAGACUCAGAAUUCCUCAGGACCCAGGCUGUUGUUAGGUGAGGAUAUUUAAACACAACACUGCUAGAGACACCUUCACACAUCUGUAAUAAAUUCAACAAACACUUAACAAAUAUAAUUAACAAAAUACAUUUUACAGCAGGACAACCAGACCUCAGGGUGUGAUCUAUUUCAGAGUAAACCAAUCAAAUGCGGAUUAUGGCAAAGCUGAUGAAUAAACUGCAUCUUCAGAUAUUUAUAUACAUCUAAUACCAGCUUAAGAAACUUCUAUCUAUGGAGUACUUUUAACUUUUACCGCUUUUCUUGGCUUGGAUGUGAAGAAUGUGUCUUAUUUUACUGUUUAAACAGUGGUGUGUUAACACAGCUGUCGUAAAAAGUGUUUGUUUUUGUGUUGUAUGCACGGCUGAUUUCCCCACUAUUGAACUUCAGUCUUGCUCUGAAAAUGCAGCUCUUCUAUUCCUAGUCAUGUGUUUAUGUAUUUGGCAGUGGCAUGACUCUGAGAGAUGGUAAUUUCGGUUACAGCUCAGUGAAUGAGGGCAAUAUGUACACAUGCCUCUGACAAGUAUUAGUUGGACACAGGUGUCAACGUUUCCAUGUUUCCUGAAUAAACUACAGUUCCCAGCAUGCAAUUCACCAGUCCAACCCUGAUUUGAAACCAUGCAGUAACCCCACUCCCCGGCAGGCAGCCAAGCUAUCUCAGGACAAGACUAGCGGGAUCAUCAGGAGACCCUCACAUAGAAACCCUUGAAGCUAGCCGAAUGAAGCGAGCCGCUGCAAAGCAUCUAAUAGAGCGCUACUACCAGCAGUUAACUGAGGGCUGUGGAAAUGAGGCCUGCACGAAUGAGUUCUGUGCUUCCUGUCCGAGUUUCCAUCGUGUGGAUAACAAUGCGGCCGCCAUCAAGGCCCUCGAUCUUUAUAAGAUUAAUGCAAAACUAUGUGAUCCUCAUCCCUCCAAGAAAGGAACGAGUGCUGCUUACCUAGAGACCAGUGCCAAAGGAGCCCGCAACAACGCGUGCAGCGCCAGGGGGAUGAACCGGACGGAGGAGCCUCCCGCGAGGGAUCACUUCAAAGAUUUGAAUUACCUUACAGAGGAGAAAGUGUAUGAGAUCCUGGAGACCUGUGGUGAAAAGGAGGAUUAUUCCCCGUUGAUCCGGGUGAUCGGCAGAGUUUUCUCCAGCGCCGAUGGCUUGGUGCAGAGCUUCCGAAAGACCAAGCAGCACACAAAGGAAGAGCUGAAAUCGCUGCAGGGGAAGGAUGAGGACAAGGAUGAGGAUGAGAAAGAGAAAGCCGCCUGCUCUGCUGCUGCGAUGGAGGAAGACUCAGGAGCCUCGUCUUCCAGGUUAGAAGCCGGCAAGCCGGGCCCUGACGAAGUGUCUGUGGAUGUGGAGGCGGUGAGGAGGGUCUACAGCAAACUGCUGGCCAACGAGAAGAUAGAAACAGCCUUUCUCAACGCACUGGUUUACUUGUCACCCAAUGUGGAAUGUGACCUGACGUACCAUAACGUGUACUCCAGGGAUCCCAAUUACCUGAACUUGUUUAUCAUAGUCAUGGAGAACAGCAACCUCCACAGCCCUGAGUACUUGGAGAUCGCCCUGCCUCUGUUCUGCAAAGCACUGAGCAAGCUCCCACUCCCUGCUCAAGCCAAGCUGGUGCGGCUGUGGUCUCGGUAUAGUGCGGGGCAGAUCCGUCGCAUGACCGAGACGUUUCAGCAGCUCAUCACCUACAAAGUGAUCAGCAACGAGUUCAACAGCCGCAACCUGGUGAACGACGAUGACGCCGUCGUGGCUGCCACCAAAUGCUUGAAAAUAGUUUACUAUGCAAACGUGCUGGGAGGGGAGGUGGACAGGGGUCACAAUGAGGAGGAGGACGAGGAGCCCAUCCCCGAGUCCAGCGAGCUCACUUUGCAGGAGCUUCUGGGGGAGGAGCGGAGGAACAAGAAGGGGCCUCGGCUGGACCCGCUGGAGACAGAACUGGGCGUAAAGACUAUCGACUGCCGCAAACCACUGCUCCCUUUCGAGGAGUUUGUAAACGAGCCACUCAACGACGUGCUGGAGAUGGACAAAGACUACACGUUCUUCAAGGUGGAGACGGAGAACAAGUUCUCCUUCAUGACCUGCCCCUUUAUCCUCAAUGCUGUAACCAAGAACCUGGGACUGUACUACGACAACAGGAUCCGCAUGUACAGCGAGCGGCGUAUCACUGUCCUCUACAGCCUGGUUCAGGGGCAGCAGCUCAACCCCUACCUGAGACUCAAAGUGCGGCGGGAUCACAUCAUCGACGAUGCCCUUGUCAGACUUGAGAUGAUUGCCAUGGAAAACCCUGCAGACUUGAAGAAGCAGCUGUACGUGGAGUUUGAAGGAGAGCAAGGAGUGGAUGAAGGAGGAGUUUCCAAAGAGUUCUUUCAACUCGUAGUGGAGGAACUCUUCAACCGCGAUAUCGGAAUGUUCACGUACGACGAGAUGACCAAACUGUGCUGGUUGAAUCCGUCCUCGUUCGAGACGGAGGGUCAGUUUACACUGAUUGGGAUUGUGCUGGGGCUUGCCAUUUACAAUAACUGUAUCCUGGACGUUCAUUUCCCCAUGGUCGUCUACAGAAAGUUAAUGGGGAAGAAAGGAACUUUCCGCGACCUGGCCGAUUCUCAUCCGGUGCUGUUUCAAAGUUUAAAUGAGCUUCUGGAAUACGAGGGCAGUGUUGAAGAUGACAUGAUGAUCACUUUCCAGAUUUCACACACCGAUCUCUUUGGCAAUCCGCUGACGUAUGAUUUAAAGGAAAAUGGAGACAAAAUCCCUGUUACUAAUGAAAACAGAAAGGAAUUUGUUGCCCAGUACGCUGAAUAUAUGCUGAACAAAAGCGUUGAAAAGCAGUUCAAGGCGUUCCGGAGAGGUUUCCACAUGGUGACCAGCGAGUCUCCGUUAAAGUAUUUAUUCCGACCCGAGGAAAUCGAGCUGCUGAUCUGUGGAAGCAGGAACCUAGACUUUGAAGCACUUGAAGAAACAACAGAAUACGAUGGAGGCUACACCCGAGAUUCCCGUGUCAUUAGGAGCUUCUGGGAGAUCGUCCAUUCAUUCGCAGAGGAACAGAAACGGCUGUUUUUACAAUUCACCACAGGCACAGACCGGGCCCCUGUGGGUGGCCUUGGCAAACUGAAGAUGAUUAUAGCCAAGAAUGGCCAAGACACAGACAGGUUACCCACAUCGCACACUUGUUUUAAUGUCCUCUUGCUUCCUGAAUACUCCACUCAGGAGAAGCUUAAAGAAAGACUCUUAAAGGCCAUUACCUAUGCCAAAGGAUUCGGAAUGCUGUAACAGAUACAUGGCUGUUAUAAAGCACUGACAUUUCUUUGGAAGUUUAAUGUCCCUAUUUAAUAAAGAAAAGCAAAGCUGUCUAAGUUA